UUUUAUCUUUAGAAUUUGAGGCCUUUGUCAUUGUGUCACAGCUCCUCCCCAGUGUGCAGGGCAGGGCUCUCAGAUCUCUAUCUAAUUUGCUCCUAGCUUAGGAGCACUGAGGCUCAAUUCCAGUCUAGCCUGGGAGCCCCAGGUCACAGGUGGUCAAAGCUGGGAGAACAGGCAGACUCCUGCCCAGAGAAGCAAAAGGCGGCCUGACAAAUGUGGGCAAGAUCUCUUAGCAGGACUUGGGGCAACGGUGCCGCACGUAGCCACGGUACUAGGAAACUGACUUUGAACCCCGCUCCCAAAUUAGCCCUGCCCUAGCAGAAUCAGAGGCAGGAGAAGGAAGUAAGGUCUACAAGUGUAAGAUUUCCCUUGGCUCAGCCACCACAAGUGCUCACGUUUUCACUGUCUGAACAGGAGUGGGCGCUCAGAGAGGUUAAUCAACUUGCCCAAGGUCAAACAGGUGGCCGCGGUGAGCCCAGGUUUGCUCUGGCCUCCAUCGGAUGGACAGCGCUCUGGCUGGGGAAGGUGCAUGCUGGCCAGAGUGGAUGGGGUGAGCCUCCGGCCCGCCUCUGCGCCCACUCCCUGAGCUCCGGACUGCCUGGGCUGCGCCUGGGUCGUUCUCGGUGCUCUGCGGGGGCGGCAGCGGACUGGGCUGUGCGGACAGCCCGGGCUGGGGGCUGUUGAGCCCGCGGGGCCGCGCUCACCCAGGGAAGAGGACGAUGCGUUGGGCGCUCAGGAUCCUGUGGGCACUGACAUCCAAUUCACCCAUGCCUAUUUCCUGUAAUGGACAAACUUGAUGCUAAUGUGAGUUCCAAGGAGGGUUUCGGGUCAGUGGAGAAGGUUGUGCUGCUCACGUUUCUCUCAGCUGUUAUACUGAUGGCCAUCCUGGGCAAUCUGCUGGUGAUGGUGGCUGUGUGCAGAGACAGGCAGCUCAGGAAAAUAAAAACCAAUUAUUUCAUUGUAUCUCUUGCCUUUGCGGAUCUGCUGGUUUCCGUGCUGGUGAUGCCCUUUGGUGCCAUUGAGCUGGUCCAAGACAUCUGGAUUUAUGGGGAGAUGUUCUGCCUGGUCCGCACAUCUUUGGACGUCCUGCUCACAACGGCAUCAAUUUUUCACCUGUGCUGCAUUUCUCUGGAUAGGUAUUAUGCCAUCUGCUGCCAGCCUUUGGUCUAUAGGAACAAGAUGACGCCUCUGCGCAUCGCCUUGAUGUUGGGAGGCUGCUGGGUCAUCCCCAUGUUUAUCUCUUUUCUCCCUAUUAUGCAAGGCUGGAAUAAUAUUGGCAUACUUGAUUUGAUAGAAAAAAGGAAGUUCAACCAGAACUCUAACUCCACGUACUGUAUCUUCAUGGUCAACAAGCCCUACGCUAUCACCUGCUCUGUGGUGGCCUUCUACAUCCCGUUUCUCCUCAUGGUGCUGGCCUAUUAUCGCAUCUAUGUCACAGCUAAGGAGCAUGCCCACCAGAUCCAGAUGUUACAACGAGCAGGAGCCUCCUCAGAGGGCAGGCCCCAGCCGGCAGACCAGCAUAACACCCAUCGCAUGAGGACAGAGACCAAAGCGGCCAAGACCCUGUGCAUCAUCAUGGGUUGCUUCUGCCUCUGCUGGGCUCCAUUCUUUGUCACCAAUAUUGUGGAUCCUUUCAUAGACUACACUGUCCCUGGGAAGGUGUGGACUGCCUUCCUCUGGCUUGGCUAUAUCAAUUCUGGGUUGAACCCCUUUCUCUACGCCUUCUUGAAUAAGUCUUUUAGACGUGCCUUCCUCAUUAUCCUUUGCUGUGAUGAUGAGCGCUACCGAAGACCUUCUAUUCUGGGCCAGACAGUCCCCUGUUCAACCACAACCAUUAAUGGAUCCACUCAUGUACUAAGGGAUGCAGUGGAGUGUGGAGGCCAGUGGGAGAGUCAAUGCCACCCUCCAGGAACUUCUCCCUUGGUGGCUUCUCAAACCAGUGACACUUAGGCCCCUGAGACAAUGACCUAGAAGAAAGCAAUGCCUCUGAGAGAGGAGCAGGUCCUACAAUGCGGCUUGUGUGUGACUGCACCUGGUAUUCUCCUCAUCUGAGGUUCUUCUGUCCACCAGAGCAAGCAUCCCACGCACUUGGAGCUCCUCCUCCGAGAUUCCGAGAGGUGGAGUUUGAGAAAGUCAGGGGACAGAAUGACUUCCUUGGUCACUUCUCCUUUCACAGCAGUCCCUCUUCCUGGAGUCUCCACUCUUGCUCGACAGGCUCUGUUAUCCCUCACAUGUUCCCUUGCUGUGCCUGGUCUGUAUUAGUCAUGUUCCAAACAUGAUCACUCACUGUGUCCUCUCUCAAUUGUCAAUGUCUCCAAACAGAUCUUCUUUGCUGUGUCUGCUCAGACAUUGUCAACACACAUCUUCCGUGUGCCUGUCUCGGUCAGAAUUGUGUUCCAAGAGCUCACAUUUCUUGCUUGGUCGCGUUGAUCACAGCCAUGUUAAGAUCAUUGCAUGUCUUUUCAUCACCCUGUGGUGGGCCUCAAAGACACUCUCCUGCCUGUGUCUGGGUCCAACUGAGGGUCUUCCUUGCUGGCGCCUCAGUCAGUUAUGGACUUCCACUUGCUCUUUCUUGUGUUCGGUGUCAGUCAGUCCCUUUCUCCAGGACAUGUUCCUUUUAUUUACCACGGGAUCACAGAGGCAGAGAUCUGUCAGAGGAAAAUGGUCUCCACGGCAACCCUGGGGACACCAACAACAGACAGCUCUUUCCAGUGCCACUCUCCUAUCUGCUGCGAGAUGCCUGCUGUCCUGUCAUGCUAGAAUGGGACAUCUUCCCCUUGAGAGCCUUGCACAGGGCUGGCAGCAUUGCAGUUGUUUAUUUCGAGACUCUGGGAUCUUUGCUGCAAGCUCACAGUGAGCUUAGUGUAACCAUGGCACUGAUUUCAGCCUUGUCGCUUCCAAAGAAGAGGACUGUUGGAAGCUCACACUGCAUGGACACAUCACUCUCCACUGCCUCCCAGGUGCAGGAGAGCGGGGCCCAGCAGUGCUGGGAGAAAACGAUGUUUGAUCUGAAGUCCAAAGACCUGGAUUCUGCCUGUGGCUCUGCCCCUAAUACGCUGUGAGAUCCUCAGUAAUGCUCCUCAUCUCUGGACCGGACUUUGAACAACUGUCGACCCACGUUUGGACUAGGCGACUCUAAGAUUCUUUAUGUUUCCAGGACAACAGGAUGCUGCUACAGCCACUUGCUACCUCAAAAGCCUUCUGGCUUUCUUUCAAAAGGAUUGCCUUCCUUGUGUGGGCCCUCUAGACCCUGACCGUGUCAACUUUACCUUUCAGGCUAACCUGGAUGUCUUUGACUUGAAGCAGAGCUCAUAGCUCUUGGCAGCUGCCUCAGAGUAAAGGUGCCAGGGGGUUAAAUGUACUUCCAGGGCCGUGUGAAGUCUUACCUCUGAUCUGGGCUGUGGUUUAAUAGCAUCUCAGGACCAUUCAGCAUUUUUUUUUCUCUUGCUGCUUCUGAAGUGUCAGUUAUCAGUUCCAAUAUGUUUACUUUAAGAAACUUUGAGAAAGAGAAGAUUGCCCAAACCAUCCAAAUGUAAAAUAUAAUUCUCUGUACUGUGAAGGCUUAAUUUUGUCAGGGAGAAAGUUGCCUGAGUAAACUCUCAAAGACAAAUGUUAUUUUGAACUCUUGGAUGUUGGCGAGAAAUAUCUUCAAGGAAGAAAUGUUCCUGGUGCAGGCAGGGACUCUCCCUGAUCGGUGGAGUAGAUUCAACUGGAGAUAUAUAUUCUUGUCCGAUAUGGCGAAAGUUUAUUGAGGUUCUAACUCACCCUGAACCUGUGAUUGUACCGGUCCCCUUUGAUUUUCAAGUCACUGUACCCCUGCUGUCACUAGGCUAAGCAGCCACCCCUAGGAGGCAUGCACCAUGAUGAGGAUGGUAGUUUUCUGAUCCAAAGAAGGGAGCAGAGCAAGCUUCUGAGACUCAAAGUUCUGGACCCAGUGAUGAAAUCCAACCAGUCUGCCCCAGCUGCCUGUACACCCUUCCUACUGCCUCCACCAGCCCCUUGUGCAGGGAAAGUGCAGCAUGAAAGCAGGAGGUGCACCGAGUCCACUCCUGACUUGCCGAGUGAUUUGAACCAACGGCUGAACACCUCUGGCCUCAGAGGAUUCCUCCUGACUACUUCACUGAGCUGCUGUAGAGAGAAAUCAUUUUUUGUUAAAGCAUUCUGUAAACCGUAAAAUGCCAUUCCCUAUGUUUAUUAUGACUUGGAUCUUUUGGAUUACUGUGAAUGAACAUGAGCUCUCGAGGAUUAAGGAUAUAUUCAUUAAGAGAUGAGCCAGUUUAGAGAAUGAGCUAUCUAUGAUGAAAAAGUAUAUUCGUGAAGCACCCUUUGGGUACCAGCUCUUCCAAAUCGACCCCUGCUCAUUUGGUCACUCUAGAUUGCCCAGCACACAGAGUAAUACAUCUCAAAUACUGUCAUUUAAAAGGAUUUUGUUGUUCUCAAAGUAAAAGGGUAGCUGGGGAGAGAUGUCAGCUACUGGCUGGUUUGGGUAAGAAUGAGCCUAGCUUUUCCCUGUAGUUCAAACCACAUGGAAUAAAUACACAUGCUUGUUUGUUGUAAAAUAAUAUAUUUGAGAAAAAAGUACCCAGUCCAUAGAAAUAAUUCCUACCACGUAUAUUCAACAUAUAUUCCUAUAUUUAAAUUCUGUGAAAAAACAUAGGGCAGAAUAUAUGAAUGACUAGUUGACAAGAAUUUUAUCCGAAGUGACUACAAAGACACAGAAACAGAUAACUUUUGAGAUUUUUCUUUAUCUGACAGUAUAUGUAAAUUAUUGCUAGUUAUGAUUUAAUGUUAUUUCUGGUAAUAUCUUGAUUUUGUUUACAUUUUUAAUAAAGCAGAAUUACAAAUGGGCCAUUUGUACAGUUUAUAAUGCACUGAGUCCCCCUGUGUGAUCAACAUAUAAAGUAUAUGUGUGCCCAUUAUAUUAACAUGGAGUUUAAUUUUAUAAUUUUAAAGCAUUAACAAUUUUAAUGAUGGUUUUAUCUUUGUGGUUUUUUUUUUUUUUGAGAUUAUUAGUUAUAGCAGUGAAGGGCUUUGAAGGUAUUUGUACCUGUGAUUCUAAUUUUGUUUCCAUGGCAAGUACCCUUGGCUUUAUUAUAUCUACUUUCUGAUGCAGUUCCCAGAAAUGUGUUCUGGGGUAAACAGGAACCUAUAUAGAUUUUUUUAUUGACAAAUUCUAUAUUGAUAAAUGUCACAUCUGUUUAUAUGAGUGCAUUCUGUACAUGUUUAUAUAACCUAUAUAGGAAAGUAAAUAUUAAGUCUAAAACUAAUAACUGAAUUUUGAAUAUGCAAUAAAAUGCCAAAAUCCACCUCCAUGCCUCAGUUCUCUAACUCCAGGAGCCCAGUGCAUCACCCAGAAGCUAUUGGUGUUUGAAGCUGGGGGAAUUCUGUGUCUACUAUGAGGUUCUCCACAAGUAAAGCCAGAGCUCCAGGACUCCUGCCUUUCACCUUCAUCUGGGCAUUAAGAAUGAUGAUGGGUCUCUGACAUGGUCACCCAUGAGCAGAGGUUGGGAAUCCAGCCCAGCCACUCUGAGGGCAUAAACAAGGAGCCAUUCAAAUCUGUAUGGUAGUUCUAUAUCCAGGGUUGCUGCAUAGAUGUUAUCAAGCAUGUGCCUCCUUACAGAUACUGUGUUUGUGUGUGCAUGGGGCUGUGUUGGGGGGACUGACACACUUCCCCAUGCAAGAACCUGGAGGCCAGCAACUUUAGGCCCAGAUUACAUGUCAAUGACAUCCAGGUCCUAUCUCUUCUGAGUGUGGGCAGUGCAAAGAGCCCUACCACCAUCAGUUCCCAGAAUACUGACCCUAGCUUUUCUGUUUAACACUUAGACUCUCCAUCUUCUCAAUAUAAAAUGCAGAGGGUAUACACUAAGUAUUUUCAAAUCAGAAUCCGUUCUUCACAACAAACUAUUCUGGAAUCCCAUUGCAUAAAAGCCUCAAGCAUGAUAGGGAAAAUAUUUUGACAUUAUAAUCCAUGCCCUCAACAGAAUAUCUUUGGAGUCUAUACCCUCAUGAGCUGGACCAGGGAUUUCCUCUGAAGAUUAGCAAUAGUGCCUAGGUCCAAUGCCCACUCUGCUUUCCUUAGUUUGCAGGAGCACAGUCCAGAAUAUUGCUGAGAGCUGUUUUUCUAGGUGACAACCCUUUCCUCACAAUCACACCUGCAAACCUCUUCAUGCAUAAAGCAGCCCAUCUCUUGACACUUCUUUCCUAAGAAGGAAACCUGGGCCUUCACUGGCUGUGAAGCUCGGGCAGAGUAGUAGAGGCCAGAAAUGUCCUGCAGAAGCAGUCUCCAUGCUAACCUAACUAGGGGGGACUAUCUCUUGCUGUCUUUCCAAACUGUCUAUUUUUCACUUUGGAUGAGCCAUCUCCAGACUCAUCCAAGGGGAAAAGUUAGCACUGCUUUUAGCAAUAGCAAUUCAGCAUGCAGAUAGGCAGAUUAAGAAAAAAAAAAAAGAUUUAUCCAUCUAUUCGGAAUUCAGAGUCACGGAAAUAGAGAGGGAGAGACAUCUGCUGGCUCUCUCCCUCAGUGGCCCCAGUGUUUGGGGUAGUGCAAGGCCAAAGCCAGGAGCCUAGAGCUGCUUCUAGGUUUCUCACAUGGGUGCAGGGUCCAAGCAUUUUUGCUUUCUCAGGUGCAUUAGUAUGGAGUUGGAUUGGAAGGGGAGCAGCUAGGACAGGAACUGGCGCCCAUAUGGGAUGCCAGUGGGUGGUUUUACCUGCCACACCACCACACCAGCCCCACCAGAUAGCUUCUGAACACUUGCCAUAGCCUAGGGUCUGUUGCCAGAAGUAUAUUAAUGAACAAUGCUGAUGUGGCCUGUGCUGUGGCACAGCAGGUUAAUCCUCCACCUGCAGCUCCAGCAUCCCAUAUGGGCACUGGUUCCAGUCAUGGCUGCUCCUCUUCCAAUCCAGCUCUCUGUUAUGGCCUGGGAAAGCAGAAGAUGGCCCAUGUCCUUGGGCCCCUGCACCAGCAUGGAAGACCCAGCAGAAGCUCCUGACUCCUGGCUUCGGAUGGGCCCAACUCUAGCCAUCGCAGCCACUUGGGGAGUGAACCAGCGGAUGGAAGACCUUUCCCUCUUUCUCUCCCUCUGUCUGUCUGUAACUCUACCUUUCAAAUAAAUACAAUCUUAAAAAAUACUGACCCGAUCUCUGCCCUCUCUUCUUUGGGAACCAGAAAAUAAACAAGGAGACACAGAUACCCAAAUUAGACAAGCUUAGAUACUGAUAUGUGCUAUAAAGAAUGUUAAAUGUAGAGAAGAACAGCGGUGCUGUACUGUUAGCUGGAUUAGUUAGGAUGGAUCUGAAGCAGGCAAUUCUUGUGGCCAGGAGCUAGAAGGCAGAGGAUUUUACUUGAAGGAAUAUCAUAGACGAAGGAAACAGCAAAUAGAAAUGCCCUUGAGCAGGAAUGCACCUGAUAUGGGGGACUGGGGCUCAGUGAGUGCGGGAAAGGUGAUAGGAGAAGGGAUCAGAGAUUAGUAAAGGCUGACACUAAAUCAGUAGCAUAAGAUAACAUUCACCACUUACAUAAUUAUGCAUCAGGCUUAGUUGGAAACAUUUUACAUGUUACCUCUUUUAACCCUAUAAAGUAAGUAUCAUUUUCUUAUCAUAUGGAUAAAGAAACCAAGCAACUUCAGAGAGCUAACCUGGAAUUCUUUCAAGGAAGCAGAAAUUACCUGGAGC